AUGGAUCACGCAGCGGAUGCUUUCAGGACGGACUUGAUGACCAUAACGCGGUUCGUGCUCAAUGAGCAGUCCAAGCACCCGGAGUCGCGCGGGGACUUCACGAUUCUGCUCAGUCACAUUGUUCUCGGCUGCAAGUUCGUUUGCUCUGCUGUCAACAAGGCAGGUCUUGCUAAACUCAUUGGACUUGCUGGAGAAACCAAUGUGCAGGGUGAAGAGCAAAAGAAACUGGAUGUGCUUUCAAAUGAAGUUUUUGUCAAGGCCUUGGUCAGCAGUGGCCGAACAUGCAUCCUUGUCUCCGAAGAGGAUGAAGAGGCAACAUUUGUUGAGUCAUCUUUGCGUGGAAGGUACUGUGUUGUGUUUGAUCCACUGGAUGGAUCCUCCAACAUUGAUUGUGGUGUUUCCAUUGGAACGAUCUUUGGGAUUUAUACUGUGAAAGAUGGUGGAGAACCAGCUUUAGAUGAUGUGCUUCAGCCUGGGAAAAAUAUGGUGGCUGCCGGCUAUUGCAUGUAUGGAAGCUCUUGCACGCUAGUGAUAAGCACCGGAGGUGGCGUUAAUGGAUUUACCCUUGAUCCAUCUCUUGGGGAGUUCAUCCUAACUCAUCCAGACAUUAAGAUUCCUAAAAAAGGAAAAAUUUACUCUGUGAAUGAAGGAAAUGCCAAAAACUGGGAUGGUCCAACCACAAAGUAUGUUGAAAAAUGCAAGUUCCCUAAAGAUGGAUCAUCACCAAAGUCUCUAAGAUACAUUGGAAGCAUGGUGGCUGAUGUGCACCGCACAUUACUUUAUGGUGGUAUCUUUUUGUACCCUGCUGACAAGAAAAGCCCGAAUGGAAAACUGCGGGUUCUUUAUGAAGUCUUCCCAAUGUCAUUCCUGAUGGAGCAAGCCGGAGGCCAGGCAUUUACGGGCAAGCAACGGGCACUUGACUUGCUUCCAACAAACAUACAUGAGCGAUCUCCAAUAUUUCUGGGUAGUUACGAUGAUGUCGAGGAAAUUAAAGCACUCUAUGCUGCUGAAGAGAACACAUGAAUGCAUUUCCACUUGGUGCUUGUGCAAAUGCUAAAAUAGACGUGGUAACUGAUUAUAAUCUGUUCAUGCGAUGAAACUUCUCAUUAAGUUUUCCUUGUAAUGAAAUGAUACAAUUGAUUCAUGGAAUUUCAGGCAUGAAGUUCUCUUUGUUUCAUGAAAGAAGUACAGUAGAAGUCAAUGCUUGCGAUAACAAAAGAAUUUGGGCCAUAGUUGAUCAUGCAUGACCUGACAUUAUAACACCAUAAUCUCCAUAA